AUGUCAAGUGUCACGUUUGUGAAGUCCAAUGGACCACGUAUACUUCUUCCAAAUAAAUGGGCCAUUUUACAGGAAAGAUUGUGCGCUUCUUGGGCCGGAAUUGAUCUGCCACCAUCCAUAGAUCCGCCGCCGCCGUCCAUAGGUCCGUCGUCGUCGGCCACUACAGUAGCGGCUCGCCAUAGCACCGUUCACCACCGUCAUAUCUCCGUCGUCAUCGAAACAGUUCCGUCGUCAUUCCAACAGAUCCACCGUCGUUUGUUGCAUAGCUCUGCGUUGUUCAAUAGAUUCGUCGUCGUCGACAUUCGUUCCAAAGAUUCAAAAGCCGUCAUCGGUGGUGGUUGUGGGUGUUUAUGGAAGAUGGAGUUUGGGGGUAGGUGGGUGGUGGGGGCAGAUGAGAUGGCGUUUUAUUCCCAAGAGGAUUCCGACGACGAUUACCUGUUUAAGAUCGUGUUAAUCGGUGACUCGGCUGUUGGAAAGUCAAACCUGCUCGCUAGAUUUGCUAGAGAUGAGUUCUACCCGAAUUCAAAAUCGACAAUAGGAGUAGAAUUUCAAACGCAGAAAAUUGAAAUUAAAGGAAAAAAAAUUAAGGCCCAAAUUUGGGACACUACUGAUCAAGAGCGGUUCAGAGCAGUUACGUCUGCUUAUUAUAGAGGUGCGGUUGGAGCUCUUUUGGUUUAUGAUAUUAGCAGACGCCAAACGUUUGAUAGCAUCGGCAGAUGGCUCAAUGAACUUCACAGUAAGUGUUUGCAAAUUAUUUAUUUUGGAUAA